AUGAACGUUUUCGAGAAAUCACCAUCCAUGUGGGCAUCUUUUGCCUCACAUCAACGUUCAUCCCGUCCAGCGACACAGUCACGACCAGAACCCGCUCCGAAGAAAUCAUGGCGAUUGAGAUUCAAAAGUCCAGUCUAUACAGCCAACACCAACCCCAACAAUCGAACAAUCGACCUCCCACCGCCCUACACAGCAACCCCCAUCUCUCCCCGAACCACACGCCACCAAAACCACAACCAACCCGACCAAGAAUCACCCUACAGCUUCCUAAGCACAUUCGACACAGUCUUCCUAGUAGACGACAGCUCAAGCAUGAAAGGCCAAAACUGGAAAUCCGCCGCCAACGCAAUCGCAGCAAUCGCACCCAUCUGCACAAGCCACGACCCGGACGGAAUAGACAUCUACUUCCUGAACCAGCCAGCUGCCAGUAACGCCCACUACAACAUAACAACACCAAGCCAAGUGCAUGAAAUCUUCACAAGGGUCACACCACGCGGCGUUACACCCGUCGGGAAACGUCUCAAUGAUAUCCUAAAGCCGUAUAUGGCGCGCGUGGAACGGAUGCAGGCUGCGCAGGCGAGGAACGGGGCUAGUGAUAUUGAUGACCGGUUCUAUGUACGACCGGUGAAUAUCAUUGUUAUUACUGAUGGGGUCUUUACAGAUGAUGCUGAGAGUGUUAUUAUGGGUGUAGCGCGAAAAUUGGAUUUGAUUGAUGCUAUUGCUUGGCAGGUGGGCAUUCAGUUCUUUCAGGUUGGGGAUGAUGAGAGUGCGAGGUUGUAUUUGCAGGAGUUGGAUGAUUAUUUAGGGGGUUGCCGGGAGGGCUUCAGGGAUAUUGUUGAUACUGUUCCUUGGGCUGGGGGGCUUUGUGGGGAGGGGAUUUUGAAGACAGUGCUUGGGGCUGUUAAUAAAAGGUUGGAUCGGAGGGUCCUAUAA